AUGUCUAGAUGCAUUACAAUCCAGGGACAGGAGUUCAGACUCUUGGAUUACAUAUCGCUGAAGCAAUCGGAGGACCUUUAUGAUAUGUGUGAGGUUCACAAUGCUCAACGUGUAUCUGACGGAAGGCCAGUGAUCGUUAAGUUGCGAUACCAGGAUUUUCUCAUGGAAUACCAAUCGCUCCAGGACAAUCAAAUGUUAGGCGUUCCUGUUUACCUUGGCCAUCAGGAGCUUAUACAGAGGGGCGAACAUGCCCGGUUUGUUCCCGGCGGGUAUCUGAAUGCCCUAGUCAUGGGCAAGGUGCCGGGUAAACCCGUCACCCAUUUGAGACUCACUGCGACAGAAGCAGACCUUAUCAAGACACAGCUAGCGCAGAUGUUUAACAACAUGCGUCGCAAGGUGUAUGAUGUAGACGACCCGAACACCGAACAUGUCUUCUUCGACCGGGAGACUCAGCAGACGUAUGUCUCUCUUGGAGUAUGA